UCUGUUCAUUCUUCACAGAAACAAAUCAUCACUUGUCAUUUUGAUUUCGUGUACUUGUUCAGUAUUUUUCCUAUUUUUGCUAUGAUAUAACAAAAAUUAGAGAAAAACCAAUUGAUAUCGUUCAAAAAUGGCAGAUAUACUACAAAUCUACGAUGACAUCAAACUGUAUACAACAUCUGACAAAUUCUUUUUGGAACCACAUGUGAAUCCAACGGAGAUCUUAGUGAUUGAUAGAAUUACUGGAGAGGCUUCAGUGAAAGAUGUCAAAUCAGUAAAAAUACCAAUUCCAUUAGAUGCAUACAAACCUGUUUGUGGUUUCCUUGGUACAAUAAGAUUGAUAUCUGGAUUGUACCUUGUCGUAGCAAAAUAUAGGAUUUUGAUUGGAAAGAUAAAUGGACAUGAUAUAUAUCAAUUAGCUGGUGCUGAAAUAUUGCCAUAUGCUCGAUCUACCACACAUCUGACAAGUAAACAGAUUGAUGACAACAAUACAUAUGAAAGGCUUAUGCGAGCAGCUUUGGAAACCCCAGGCAUUUACUUCUCAUAUGGAUAUGAUCUUACACACACAAUGCAACGACUGCAUUCCGUUGCUUCGGAUUUUCAUAAGAUGUCCUUAGCAAGUCGUGCUGAUGCUCGUUUUCUAUGGAACGGCCACUUACUCAAGGACUUUGCCCAUCAACAGUUUGAGAGAUUUGCUUUACCAGUUAUACAAGGCUUUGUAGCAAUCAAUAAUGUGACAGUAAAUGGUCACCAGCUGAUGUGGUCGCUGGUGUCUCGGCGCUGUGUUGAUAGAGCUGGUACCAGGUUCUUCAUGAGAGGAGCUGAUGCCCAGGGUAAUGUAGCAAACUUCGUAGAAACGGAACAGAUAAUAGAACGUGGAGGUGAGAAAUCCUCGUUUGUACAAACUCGCGGAUCUAUCCCGUUGUUCUGGUCGCAAUAUCCAGAUUUGAAAUAUAAGCCGGCCAUGGUAUUGUCUGCGGAGGACCACGUGGCGGCCUAUACUAGGCACAUGAGGGAUCAAAUGCAGCGGUACGGGAAUCAAGUUUUGGUUAAUUUGAUCGACCAACAUGGUAAAGAGGAAUCCUUAGAGCGAGGUUACCGUGCUGCGGUAGCAUCAGCCGCUUUGCCCGGCGUGCGAUACGAACCUUUUGACUUCCAUGCGGAAUGUCGUGGUAUGCGGUACGACAGGCUGACUGUGCUGAUGGACAGGAUCGCACAUGAACAGACUGAGUUCGGUUACUUUCUAUCACGUGGUGGCACAGUGUUGUUACGUCAGACUGGUGUGUUUCGCACUAAUUGUGUUGAUUGCCUUGACCGCACUAAUGUCGUCCAGUCACUACUCGCGCGCAGACAGAUGGAGGCUGCAUUACGAUUGCUCGCUGUGACAACCAGUGAUAACCAGCAUCCACAUCUGGAUAGAUUGUUUAGUACGAUAUGGGCAGACCACGCAGAUAUGAUAUCCUGUCAGUAUUCAGGCACAGGCGCGUUAAAGACAGACUUCACGCGCACAGGCAAGCGCACGCGCAUGGGCGCGCUGCGAGAUGGAAUAAACUCACUAACCAGAUAUUAUAAGAAUAAUUUCAGUGAUGGAUUUAGACAGGACUCAAUUGAUUUGAUCCUCGGCAAGUACACUGUGAGUGAAGGCGAGGGCAACACCGCGCCCUGUCCACUACGUCGUGACAGGGACUGGAAAUAUGUCACUUUCCCGUCAGUGCUGCUGGUGGCGGUGUCGAUGUUCUGCGCGAGCGCGGUGUUGCCACAGCGCUAUAGCAAUGAGGUUCUUCUCUACCUCAUGUUCUGGGGCGCGGCCAUUGGUGCCACUGUCUCCUUCAUAUUCAGGCAUGGCAAGGAGUUUGUGGAGUGGCCCCGCCUGGAUGGUGGGGGGCUGGCCAUCGCGGGCCCCCGCGGCCCUCCGCCCUCCUUAUGAUAAAUGAUCGGCUCGUCCUCGUCGUCUAGACCAAACUCUACACAUAGACUAGCCUCAGCCCCCAUCCCAAACUCAAUCCCAAAGACCCUUUGAAUUAUAGUACCCAUUUCAGUUGUCACGUCGUUAACAAGAGUACUCAAUUACCCCACGUGCCAACUCAAAUGUACUAUACAAUAUUUACUCCCCUUCAGUGUGAUCGCUCGCAUUUUUAAUUAAGUAUGCUGUACGUUUUAAAAUUUGUCGAUAUAUUAGUCAAUUUAGGUAAUUUUAUCUUUUUAAUAAAUCGCUUUUACAUAUCGAU